AUGGCCAUCUCUGCCCUUCCUGUCUGGCCGUUGAUUCUCUUCGGUAUCUUGGAGCCGGCAGCGCUGACUUGGGCGUACUUUAUCACCCUUUCCCAGCCUGAACAAUACUAUGCCGAGCAAGCCCCCAACACUGCCGUCUCGGACCUCCUCUUCACUGGCAAUGCCCUUUCUCUGACUCUCCAGCUCGGCAAUGUCUUUCUUCUCCUUGCGGCAAUGGCAGUCAUCUGCUGCUUUACGGUCCAUCCUGAAAUUGCGAGGAGGUACUUGAUUGCGGUGGCCAUGGCCGAUUUGGGGCACAUAUAUUCGAUAUACUGUGCGCUAGGUGACAAGGUGUUCUGGGAUCUCAAUCAGUGGAAUCAGAUGACAUACUCAAACGUUGGAGUUAGCGUGUUCUUGCAUAUUAACAGGUUAAUGACUGUGGCUGGGAUGUUUGGGCAACUCGGAGCUGGCGUGAAUGCCGCCCAAAAGAACAGAUAG